AUGCUCCACAACGUUAAAAUCAUGAAAAACAUCAAAGAUCGUGCAAAAACCGUUGGAAAACCUGAAAACAAACAAGCGAAAAUUCAAAAAUUCGAGAAAAGAAAAGCGUUCGCUCCAAGACCCAACACACAAAUUCGAUGCGCCUUUAUUCUUGGCAACGUGUCAACUUAUUUUUAUUUCUGUUCCUUUCCAAAACUUUCACUUUUCAACAGAUUUUAUCACAUUCCAGACUUCUACAUUCUUGGAAUGAUUGGUUUCAAAUGGGUUUCUGCAGCAUUAAGCCAUCCGCAAGGCUCUCGUGGUCUCAUUUCGUCUGCAAUUUGCCUAGGAUGUGUAGGAAUAUUGGCAUAUUGUGUAUCAACUAGUCAUUCGAUAGUUUUAAUGUCGACAUUAUGGAUAACAAUAUUCGCGUUCUGCUCACAAUUCGCAUCGCUUUAUUCGAUGUCAAUUACAAAUAAACCAACUCAAAAAUAUAGUUAUGGUUUAGCAAGAGUUCCUGUUCUAGCAGUGUUCAGUACAACAGUUUUAGCCCAACUUUUUUCAAUUUUCUUAUCAAAGGAAUCAUUCGAACAUAUUUUGGCACCUGAUCAUCACGGAACACACGACGCAAAUCAAGCAGCUCAUGAACACGAAGCUGAAGAAAUUGGAGGAUGGCCAUAUUUUGUUGGCUCCGCUGCGAGUUCAAUUGCUCUUUUAUUAUCUGCGUAUGCUUUAAAAAAUUCACCAUUUCAACAUGUUUUGACAUCAGCAACAGCUUCAAGUCUGCAAGAACACGCAUCCGAUUUAUCAACUGCAAUUUGCUGGGUAAUUCCAGGGCUCUCAAGAUUGCUCUUACCUCGAAUUAAUUCAAUGGUAUUGUUGGCUGGAACAACAAGCACACUUCUAAUUUUAUGUGAACAUUUCAAGUGAGUUCUUUUUCGGGAAUUUUUCUUUUUUCAAAUGUUCUGCUCAUUUUCGAAAUGAGAGCAAAAUGAGUUUUAUUUUGAAAUAAUUCGAAAUGAGAGCAAAAUGAGUUUUAUUUUGAAAUAAUAAUCCCAAGUCCACGUUCAAAAAUAAGGGUCAAAUAAAUUUUAUUUUCAUUUUAAUAAAUUCCAUUUUUACGCAGAAAUUGAUCUUGAUAAAUUGAAACCAAAAUAACACGUGUAUUAUUUCAAUUCAACCUACACAAUUUCAAAUAUCCCAUUUUCAGACACGAUUUCACAUGGGCUGAUCCUGUAUGUUGUCUAAUUCUUUCAAUCGCUGUUUUUUCUACAAUGUGGCCAUUAUCCACUUAUACUGGAAUGAUUCUUCUCCAAACAACUCCUCCACAUUUAAUCAAUCAAAUCGAUCGAUGCAUUUCCGAAGCAUCAACAAUUGAUGGAGUUUUAGAAUUAAAAGGAGGAAGAUUUUGGCAACUCGAUUUUAAUCAACUCGUUGGAAGUGUAGAUGUUCGAGUUCGACGAGAUGCUGAUGAACAAAAUGUGUUGGCUCAUGUUACUGAGAAAUUCUCAUCAGUUAUCACAGUUUUGUCAGUGCAAGUUGUGAAAGAUGCAGCUUGGUCAGCUGGAGGAGAAUCGAAUAAUUAUCCGACACACAUUUCGGCUGCUUCUUCACACGAACACUCAAGUCAUGGACAUAGUCACGAUGAAGGACAUGGGCAUAGUCAUAAUGCACAUGGUGAGAAUGUUUUUCAAUUUUAAAAAUGUUUGAUUACGCUUGACAGCUCGAAAUUGGGUUAGAAAAAUAAUUGAAAAUUUUCUGAAAAUAAUGGUUCGGAGAAAAUCACUCACACCACUUUUGCAAAUUCAUAAAUUUUUCUCCCAUAAAUUUAUAGUAAAUCGAAUUCUAGCAUUAAAUAUUUGACAAAUCUUAAGACUUUGAUAAAUGAGUUCAAGUUUCAUAUUCUAUAUAAAGUUAGAAAUAGUUUUAGAAAUUCAAGUUUAAACGAUCUAAUACUGAAUAUUUCUUCUAUCGAACUUUCAUUGAAAUUAAAGAUACGAUAAAUAAAUCUUUGUAAUUUUUGCCAUUGGUUGCAAAUAUGGAACAGUCAAAAAUUGAGCUCGAAAUCGUGUAAAAACAGUGGAACGCAAAAAUCCCUGGUCUAGAACCUCAAAAAAUUGAAUUCCAGACGAUCACGGUCAUUCACAUUCGCACCACGAUAUCGCACCACAACAUCAACAUCAAAGCCAACUUCAAACAUCUUCUUCUCAAAAUCACAGACAUUCACACGAUUCUGGAAAUCAACACGGUCAUUCACAUGACGGUGUAACUUAUCACUAG